CAUUUUCAUCCCUUUGAGCAUGUUUUACUUUUGAAGCAAGAAGCCAUCAUGGGAGAACUUCUUUCCUUAUUUUGGGAGGUGGAUCCUCCCCCCAGACCUCUAAUUUUUAGCAUUCCAAACCAGGAUUAUGAGUGCCGGCAAGAUGACUCUUGUGGGGCAAUAGGGACUUUACUCUUCUGGUAUUUUGUCAUUAUAUUGGUCUUGAUGUUCUUCUCUCGAGCUUCUAUCUGGAUGUCUGAGAAGAAAAAGAAUGAAGAUAGUGGGACAAGCUCUUCAGUAAGUAAAGCAAGCAAAGAUACUUCCCGUAAGUGGCAAAACAAAGAUGGUGCCUGGGACUCUUCACCAAAGAUGAAAAAACCAAAGAUCCAGCUUACUCCUAUAACUGACUCAGAAGUGGCUUUGGUAAAUGCCUAUCUUGAACGAAGACGAUCUAGGCACCAUUCUCAAUUCAGCCAGGUGAACCAGACCCAACCUGACAGUGAUACUACUGAGUACGACAGUGAAGAAUCUGACUCCGGAGCCUCCUCGUGGAAGGAGAGUGAAAAUGAACACCCAUCACCAGCCGGUGGGAAAAGAAAAACAGUUCAGAGGCAAAAGAGUGUGGGAAGCUACCAAGUCAGGGAAAGGCCCUGCCUCCACUGCAAAGCCAUGAGAACCAGCGAAUGGUUGGCACGCCAUUUCCUUCAGAACACAACAGCAACAGCCCCAAGGAAGGGAGAUAGUCAAGAGGAAAAUUCUGUACCUGACAUUAACACAAAAUUCAGUAAAUUUUGAAUUUUAUCAAGUUCUUACCUUAUUUGAAGCUAAAUGAAAGAGAUAAAACAUGAAAAAUCACCAGAGCUGUAGGUGACGAGGCUUUUUAUAAUAAAGUCUAUUAACAACAACAAA